AUGGCGGAUCAAGAAGCUCCUGGUUGGCGGGAAAAGGCAGGGGCUUUCAUAUCCUCUUCCUCUUUCAAGCUGAAAGCAGCGGGAUCAGCCGUCGCAGGCGCUGCUGGCGAAGCAGGAUCCAAGGUGAAGACCUCAUGGCAGCAGAACGUGCAGCCGAAAGUCGCAGAGGCGGCGACUCGCGCAGCCGUCGCAGCGGAAGGAGCGAAAUCGCGAAUGCACACCACGUGGGAGUCGACCAAGGAGAGCUGGAACACGAAAGUGCUUCCGAGAAUGGAGGCCGGGCUGGAAACGACGGCUCGCGUGGCGGCUGACACCGGAUCGAUGCUGAAGCAGGGGCUGAUGGAGACGACGGAGAAAGUCAAGGCCAGUCGCGUCGGUCAACAGCUCACUGAGCUGACGGCAAAUGGCAUGGAGAGAAGCAAGGGGCUUCUCCAGAAGGUGGACUGGCGGAGGGGCCGGCCCGGAGCUCCAGGUGACGCCACACUAGUGUUUGGCACACCCUUGGAUGCAUUUGCGAGCAGGCAGCGGGGCACAGCCGUGCCCUUCGUGGUCAUCCAGUGCUGCAACUUCAUCCUGCAAAAUGGCUUGGUUACGGAGUACUUGUUCGAGUCGGAGAACGAUUCGCGUGUGGUCAAAGGGCUCAUGCACAUGUUCGAUACUGACCCCAAUGCAGACAUCCCUUCGGAUACCAGUCCGCUGGACGUGGGGCAGCUGCUGCUAGUCUAUCUCAAGUGCCUCCCCGAGCCUCUCAUGACCUUCUCCCUCUUCUCCGGGGUCGCCACUGUCGGCAGCAGCGACGUCACGCAGCUCAGGCGCCUGCUGCACACGCUACCUGCUGUGAAUCUUGAGACGCUGCAUGCUGUGCUGUGCCUGCUGUACCGAGUUAGCUUGCACGCUGAUGUGAACAAGAUGGACGCUCAAAGCCUAGCAGCCGAAUUCGCCCCCGUCCUGCUCUGGCCGCGACCAGAGGGCAGCGCUGCUUCUGCUGCUGCUGCUGGUGGUUCUGGUUCUGGUGGUGGUGGAGGUGGUGGUGGUGGUGGGGAUGCUAUGGCUAGUCCGGCUAUGAGGAGGGCACAGAGUGAGAAGGGAAUGCGAGUGGGGGAUGGAGGGAGUGCUGCUGCUGCUGCUGCCACUGUUUCUGCUGGGCCAGCAGUCGUGGAGGCAAACGGAGAAUCUUCUGUUCCUGGUGCACACAUGCCAGCUCACAUGUUGCCUCUGCCACGUCAUCAGGUGCUCCAAGAGACCCCGGAGUUCUCUGAGUGGACCCUCAAAUACACUGCAUUUGGACGCGAUCUGGAGUUCUCGUGGCUCUCCAAGCAACUCACCCCCAUCGCAAAUCAGAAAAUUCAGUGGCGCUCAGUGGAUGGGGUCCCUAAUAGAGGAGCUGUGCGGUUCUUCCCCAGAGGGACCAAUGGCUGCAAGGUGGAGGUGAGGAGGGGGGAUGUGGGAGAUUGCUGGGUGUCACUGUUUUGUAACACUGCUGGUUGGAACUGCUAA